GGCGUUCGGCGGCGGCGCGACCUUGGGGAAUGCUUCCGCCCUGGCUGUCCUAAGGGCGGUGCCCUGCAUCUUUCCUGCCCUCCUUCCGGUCCUCUGAGCGCGCCACUUCCCGUCACUGUUGCGGGGGUGGGGCGCCGAAGACCUGAAGGGGCAUCGCUCCCGGGAAUCUUCCCUGGGAGCCUUAGGGGAGAAUGCCCUCCUCCAGUGAGGAGAGUGAGUGAAGCGCAGCCGCCCUAGACCCUGGGGGCUGAGGUGGGCGUGAGCGAAGAUUUUAAUUUAAUUUGAAAAUGAAUAAGUGCAGAAAGCCACCACUGGGUUCAAGUCCUGAGACAUUCAGCCCAGAUAUUCUUGCUGACAUUUUUGAACUUUUUGCCAAGAACUUUUCUUAUGGUAAGUCACCUAAUAAUGAGUGGCAGUUACCAGAUCCCAGUGAGCUUUUCACCUGUGACCACAUGGAAUUUAAUGCAUUUCUUGAUUUGAAGAACUCCCUAAAUGAAGUAAAAAACUUGCUUAGUGAUAAGAAACUGGAUGAGUGGCACGAGCACACGGCUUUCACUAAUAAAGCUGGGAAAAUAAUUUCUCAUGUGAGGAAAUCUGUGAAUGCUGAACUUUGUACUCAAGCGUGGUGCAAGUUUCAUGAAAUUUUGUGUACCUUUCCACUUGUUCCUCAGGAAGCUUUUCAGAAUGGAAAACUGAAUUCUCUCCAUCUUUGUGAAGCUCCUGGAGCUUUUAUAGCUAGUCUCAAUCACUACUUAAAAUCCCAUCGAUUCCCUUGUGAGUGGAGUUGGGUAGCUAAUACUCUGAAUCCAUACCAUGAAGCAAAUGACAAUCUUAUGAUGAUUAUGGAUGACCGACUUAUUGCAAAUACCUUGCAUUGCUGGUACUUUGGUCCAGAUAACACCGGUGAUAUCAUGACCGUGAAAUAUCUGACUGGACUUCAGAAUUUCAUAAGCAGCAUGGCUACUGUUCACUUGAUCACUGCAGAUGGAAGUUUUGAUUGCCAAGGAAACCCAGGUGAACAAGAAGCUUUAGUCUCUUCUUUGCAUUACUGUGAAGUUGUCACUGCCCUGAUGACUCUUGGAAAUGGCGGCUCUUUUGUUCUGAAGAUGUUUACUUUGUUUGAACAUUGUUCCAUAAACCUGAUGUACCUGCUAAACUGUUCUUUUGACCAAGUCCAUGUUUUCAAACCUGCUACUAGCAAGGCAGGAAACUCAGAAGUCUAUGUAGUAUGUCUCUGCUAUAAGGGAAGAGAGGCAGUCGAUCCUCUGUUGUCUAAGAUGGUGCUCAAUUUUGGGUCGGAAAUGACCAGGAAAGCUCUCUUUCCCCAUCACCUGAUUCCCGAAUCUUUUCUUAAAAGACAUGAAGAGUGUUGUGUGUUCUUUCAUAAAUACCAGCUGGAGACCAUUUCUGAGAACAUUCGUCUGUUUGAGUGCAUGGGAAAAGGGGAACAAGCAAAGCUGAAUAGUUUAAGGGAUUAUGCUGUUCAGUAUUUCAUGCAAAAGUUUCAGUUGAAGCCUCUUUCCAGAAAUAAUUGGCUAGUAAAAAAAUCUAAUAUUGGUUGUAGUACAAAUACAAAAUGGUUUGGGCAGAGGAACAGGUAUUUUAAAACGUAUAAUGAAAGGAAAAUGCUGGAAACCCUUUCAUGGAAAGAUAAGGUGGCCAAAGGGUACUUUAAUAGUUGGGCUGAAGAACAUGUUGAGUAUCAUCCUGGGCAGAGUUCUCUUUUAGAAGGGACAGCUUCCAAUCUCGAGUGUCAUUUAUGGCAGAUUUUACAGGGAAAGAAACUGCCAAAGGUAAAGUGUUCCCCUUUCUGUGAUGGUGAAAUUUUAAAGGCUCUUAAUGAAGCAGUUGAAAAGUCAUUAGGAGGAGCCUUGAAUUGGGAUUCCAAACUUAAACCAAAACAGCAGUAUUGUUCUUGUCACGUUUUUUCUGAAGAAUUGAUAUUUUCUGAGUUGUUUAGCCUUACCAAGUGCCUUCAGGAUGAACAGGAUGUAGAACCUAGCAACCACAUAAAGUGCCUGCUUGUGGGUUUUCCAGCGCUCCAUGAUAUCAAAAUGCGUAUACCAUUGGAAGUUCAUCUCCUGGAAUCAGCUGAACUCAUGACUUGUAGCUGUUCAUUGCUUCAUGAUGGAGACCCAACAUACCAGCAGUUAUUUUUGGACUGCCUUCUACAUUCAUUGCAGCAGCUUCGUGUGGGAGAUGUUAUGAUUUUGCCUAUACUUUCUUGUUUUACAAGAUUUAUGGCUGGUUUGAUCUUUAUACUCCACAGCUGUUUUAGAUUCAUCACGUUUUCUUGUCCUGUAUCCUCUGAGCCCCUGAACACUUGUGCAGUCCUGCUUUGUGUUGGUUACCAGGACCUUCCAAAUCCAGUUUUCCAAUAUCUGCAGAAUGUGAAUGAGUUGUUGGGUGCUUCGGUUAACUCUGACACACCCCAGCAGGUUUUACAGUUUGUGCCAAUGGAGGUGCUCCUGAAGGGCUCACUACUGGAUUUUUUGUGGGAUUUGAAUGCUGCCAUUGCUAAAAGGCAUUUGCAUUUGAUUAUUCAAGGAGAGAGAGAAGAAAUCAGCAGCCUUCAGUUGUGAAAUUGAACUCAUCCUUUCUGAAAUUUAAACUUUAUGGCUUCUUACAGUUGCCAUUGUUAUUGCAACCUUAUGCUACUAAUUUAAAAGCGUUUAUUUUGAGGAAAGGCCAACUUUUGCAUCAUUUAAAGUCUCAUUAUUUCUGGAAAGCCGUCAGCUAGUUCUGACCUCUAGCACACACACACUCACGGCAGCGAGUUUUCCAUGUGGUAGAUUCUGUGCAGUGAUGAUAUUCAGCCUCAAACUUAAGAGUUGUGUAUGUGCGUGGGGUGACCACACCCAUGUCUGCAUAUGCAGUUUAGUUGGUCUUACUUAUCUGCUUAAGAAUUGCACCUGUGUGCCUUCUUCGUUCAAAUUAGAUUUUUUUCCAACUAAUUUUUUCUCAGUGGCUAAUACCGUUAAUGAAUUGAUGGAGAUUGCUGAUGAAAGUAGAUGAGCCACUCUUCAGCAACACUGUUUUCCCUUAAUGUGGAUUUGACGAACUCAUCUUGCCAGACGUCCUGAUAUGUGCCACUCAUUGCCUUUAGGUCAUUGAUCCAAUUUACUCCUGUGGUUCAAAUGAAGCUACCGUGGUCUGUAAAUAUUUUACAACCACAGCCAUCAAACCAGAAAGGAUAUCAGGACAGCUUCAAACCAAAGAUCAUGUUUAAAACAAUGAGAAAUUAUUGUGUCUUAAACACUCCUCUAUCAUGAAAGUUCUUCAUUUAGCAACUGUAGUAAUUUGAACUUCUGGGAAACAAUUGAAAAUGAAAAGAUUUUUUCAAAUUACAAAAUAGUUUAUGGUCAUUCAGUAUUUAUGGCUUAUUCAUAUUGGGGACAUAUGAAUGUGAUGAAUAUAGUGAAUACUGAAGAAAAAAUUUAACACUUUCCGAAUGAUGGUAUAACAUUUAAAAAUUUUUAGUCUUUACUAAUAGUACUCUUUUUUUCAGGAUGAAAGUAGCACUUUACCAAAAGAUUAACCGGGAGAGGGUUAUUUUAUCAGUUACGUUUGAUUUCUUUUGAAUUGUAUGUAUUUGCCAGUAUAAGUGGGCUAUUCUGGCCGAUUGUAUUAAGCAGGUCUUCAUUACUUUGAAAUUCCACAAAGUGGAAAAUAUUUGUAUUUUCACAUGUACAUUUUAGACAUUUUUGUUAGUUUUAUGAAAAAGACAUUCUUUGAUGUAUUUGGUUGAUAAAUAUUAAUCUGAUUUUUUUCAUGUUCUUUGCUAUUUUAAGUUCCAUUAUAGAGUCAUGAAUAAAGUCAUUAGCAGAAA